AUGUUAAGUGUGAAGAUCCGGGAUAUACAACUUUUUAGUGAUCAUCUUGUUGUAUAUGAGCGGGAAAAUGGUCUUCUCAGGGUAAUUAUAUAUUGCCUGCCAGCAGUUGGAGAACCCCUUGAAAGGCUUCAAGAUGGUCGGGCUGUUGAUUUUGUUGAUCCAAUAUAUUCAGUGGAUCCAUCAGAAUCACAAUUUUCUUCCAGCAUUUUACGGUUUUCUUAUAGCUCAAUGAAGACGCCCACCUCUGUAUAUGAUUAUGAUAUGAACACGGGGAUAUCGAUUCUGAAGAAGAUUGAAUUGGAAUCUUGUGAUUGGAACUCUUGCUCCAAAAGGUGUCUGAAUCUGCAAUUAAGGUCUGAGCCCUUUGCUUUCAAGAUUUCAAUAGUUAUGUUAAGUGUGAAGAUCCGGGAUAUACAACUUUUUAGUGAUCAUCUUGUUGUAUAUGAGCGGGAAAAUGGUCUUCUCAGGGUAAUUAUAUAUUGCCUGCCAGCAGUUGGAGAACCCCUUGAAAGGCUUCAAGAUGGUCGGGCUGUUGAUUUUGUUGAUCCAAUAUAUUCAGUGGAUCCAUCAGAAUCACAAUUUUCUUCCAGCAUUUUACGGUUUUCUUAUAGCUCAAUGAAGACGCCCACCUCUGUAUAUGAUUAUGAUAUGAACACGGGGAUAUCGAUUCUGAAGAAGAUUGAAUUGGAAUCUUGUGAUUGGAACUCUUGCUCCAAAAGGUGUCUGAAUCUGCAAUUAAGGUCUGAGCCCUUUGCUUUCAAGAUUUCAAUAGUUAUGUUAAGUGUGAAGAUCCGGGAUAUACAACUUUUUAGUGAUCAUCUUGUUGUAUAUGAGCGGGAAAAUGGUCUUCUCAGGGUAAUUAUAUAUUGCCUGCCAGCAGUUGGAGAACCCCUUGAAAGGCUUCAAGAUGGUCGGGCUGUUGAUUUUGUUGAUCCAAUAUAUUCAGUGGAUCCAUCAGAAUCACAAUUUUCUUCCAGCAUUUUACGGUUUUCUUAUAGCUCAAUGAAGACGCCCACCUCUGUAUAUGAUUAUGAUAUGAACACGGGGAUAUCGAUUCUGAAGAAGAUUGAAUUGGUAAGCGAGGUUUCUAUCAUGAGUUCCAUUUCACACUGCAUGUGA